AUGACGAAAAAAAUGAUAAAUGAUGUGGGCAUCAGUUCUAAUGAAUUUAUUUCUGUUUUCAAUCAGCUGCAAGAAGGUGAAAAAACAGCUGAUAAGCUAGAAAAGAUGUUGGAUCAAUUGGAAGGAAAAAUUGAAGCAAUCUUGUCGGAAACAAAUGCACUAGACAGCAAAGACAAGAUUUCUAAGCCGGUUGAAGAUCAUGAAAAUAAUGAUAUAUCACCUUAG